AUUGACACAAAUUAAAACACUGAAGAGCGAUGACGUAAAAGUCAAGGUCAAUUUUCGGUGGUAAAAGAUUCCAUAUAAAAAGAAUUUCGUUGAUUAAAAAAUUAUCAUUUCUCAUUGGAAGAACCGCAGAUCCACCAAACAACAAAAAUGAAAGUAGUGAUUGCCCUUUUUGCUCUCGUAGCCGUAGCUGUAGCUGCUCCCCAAAAUCCAGCUGACGCUCAAGCUCAGGUAUUGAGAAACGACUUGGACAAUAUUGGUGUUGACCAAUUCAGCUAUGGAUACGAAACUAGCAACGGAAUCUCUGCCCAAGAACAAGGUCAACUCGUCAACGCUGGAUCUGAAAACGAAGCUAUCGCUGUCCGUGGUUCCUUCCAAUACACCGGACCUGACGGUCAGCAAUACUCGGUACAAUAUGUAGCUGACGAGAACGGUUUCCAGCCACAAGGUGCCCAUUUACCAGUUGCCCCUCAAUAAGUCAUUGUUUUCCGAUUUUGUUGUUUAAUUUUAGGUUAAUAAAGAGGUAAAAAAAUAUAAAAAA